AUGAGGGAUUUGCCCGGGACCACGGUCCGUCCCGCCGCGGAGGGGGCGGGCUCGCCGGUCCCCGCCCACGGCUCUGACCGACGGCGGGGUCGGGACGGGGCUCCACGUGUGCGCAGCUUCGUGCCUACCGCAGUGCCGCUUCUGGCGUUCCUACCGCUUCGCUCCGCUCCGCCAGGCAGGAUGGGCCGGGCGCGACGGGGCGGCUGCGGGUGGCUCCCGGUCCUGCUGCUGCUCUCCGGGGCGGCGGGGUUGGGGCACGGCGGCGCUGCUCGCCUGCUCCGCUUCUCCGGGCAGGUGCCCGAGAACAGCCCAGCGGGGACGCGGGUGCGGGGCUUGCAGGUGCCGCUGCGGAGGCUGAUGGGCCCCGGGGAGCCGGCUGGGGAGUGGGCGCUGGAAGGCGACGGUGCCUCCCGCUUCUUCCUCCAGCUGCGGCCGGGCGGCGGGCAGGGAUUGCUGCUGCUCCGCACGGCCGAGCGCCUGGACCGGGAAGCGCAGCCCGAGUACGGGCUCUGGUUGCGGCGGAGGACGGGACAGUUCCUCCGGGAGGCGCUGCUGCGGGUCCGCGUCCUGGACCGCAACGACCACCGGCCGCGCCUGCCGCCGGUGCGGCCGCUGGAGGUGGACGAGCUGGCCCCGCUGCUCACGGAGGUGGCCCGGUUCCGCGCCUCCGACAGCGACGAGGGUGCCAACGCGCGGCUCACCUACCGGCCCUGGCCGCCGGGCGCCGGCAGCCGCCAGCUCUUCGUGGUGCCCCGCAGCGGGCAGGUGCUGACCGUGGGCUCCCUGCUGGGGCUGCGCCGGCUCCGCCUCUGCGUGGUCGUUCAGGACCACGGCCGGCCGCGGCCGCUGCGCAGCCCCGCGCGGUGCUUGCGCCUCGCCGUGCGCGGCCGGCGGGCGGAGGACGGCGGCGGGGCGGGGAGGCGGCGGCGGGAGCGCUCGCUGCUACCGCCCGAGCGGCCCCCGGGCCCCGGCUCCCGGAGCUACGUGGCCCGCCUGCCCCCCGGGGCGCGGGUGGGCGACACCGUCUUCACCAUCCCGCAAAGCCGCGACUGGGCGGCGGGCGGCUGGUUCGAGCUGGCCUCUCCCGGUGCCAGCGCCGUGGGAGUCGACAGGACGUCGGGGCGGCUCUACCUCCGGCGAGAACUACGAGCGGGCGGCCGGGCGGAGGUGCUGGUCAAGGUGCACAGUGGUGGAGGACGAGGAACUGAUGAACACAUAGGGGACCGUGAUCUUAUCGCUUUAUGCCGUGUUGUAAGGAAUUUUCUACCCCCGCAGGUUCACUUCGUUAGGGAGAGGCGGCGGUGCCCGUGGGCUGUGAGCCCACAGAGCAGCAGCCGCAUCCCGCAGCUCUCCGAGAGCCUGCUGCGGCUGAGCCGCGUCGGAGCGGUGCUGGGAGUCAUUAUGACAGUUGAAAGAAACAAUGCCUUGGUGGAAACCAGCCCUACCUUAUGA